GUCUCCAUGGACGAGACGACGGGAGUCUCCUCGGGGUCCGUUUCCUCGACCUCGGGGACCAAGGGCGCCGAGGGAGGCGGCGAGGUCAUCAGCGCGGCCGUCGCCAAGGUCCUCCAGGGCUACGACUGGAACCUGCUCCCGAUCACCGUCAAGGGCUCCGGUGACAAAAGGGCGGCCCACGUGAAAAGGCCCAUGAACGCUUUUAUGGUGUGGGCCCAGGCGGCUCGCAGGAGAUUGGCCGAUCAGUAUCCUCAGCUCCACAACGCCGAACUCUCCAAGACGCUCGGCAAGCUGUGGCGGUUGCUGUCCGACUCCGACAAGAAGCCGUUCAUCGAGGAGGCGGACCGACUGCGGGUGAUCCACAAGCGCGAGCACCCCGACUACAAAUACCAGCCCCGCCGGCGGAACAAGAACGGAGCCUCCGGUCGCGACGGCUCGCCUCCCAGGGCCCAGGGCGCCGUCGCUUUCGGCGUCUCCCGGGCCCUCAAGCGGGAGGACGCCAGCCCCAGGGGGGGCCAGGCCCCCAACUCGCCCCAGAGCGGGACCAGCUCCUCGCCUCCCGCCACCCCCGGGCAGGGGCUGUCUCCCCCGACUCCGCCGACCACUCCUCGGGGCCAGCUGUUCGUCCACCAGAGUUUGCAGCAGCAGCAGCAGCAGCAGCAGCAGCAGCAGCCCGGCAACGCGGGCUACCGGCAGGACCCGGCGCCCUCGGAGGACUCCCCCCACCAGCAGGGAGGGGUCGACCUGCGGUUCAUCGAGGGGCUGCCCAUGGACGAGGGCCACCUCGGCGGGCUGAGUCCCUUGGCGGGCGUGAGCCUCAACAUCCCCCUGAACCUGCCCGAGUGCGAGGUGGUCGACAGCAACGAGCUGGACCAGUACCUGCAGGAUCCGCCCGUUCCCCAGUACCCCCCUGCUCCGCCCACCACCUCGGCCCAGUGGGUUCUUAACCGGUACGAGGACGAGGUCGAGCGGCCCAUCAAGCGGCACUGCGCCGAUCCCGCGGCGGCGAUCGGAGACGUCUCCUGGGAGGACCGAGCCCAGGACAUGCUGAGAUACCACGAGCUGCAGCCUCCUCUUCCGCCGGUCCAGCACAUCUCCGGGUCCCACUACCCCCACGCGGGAGCCCAGGUGGCGGGUCCCUACGCGCAGUACCACCGAUACGUACCUGGGAUCGAGUCCUGGCCCAACUACCUCUAGAUCCUUUCCCUCGAGCCGGGGAAGGGACAUAGCCAAAUGCGAGGCAACCAGGGAGCACUCGCGCGCACCUUCGUCCGCCGGAAAGGCGCGAGGUGGCGCAAAAGUCGCUCCGCGAGACUCCAUGACGUCAUUCCAUGACAGCCGGCCAUUCCAAAGCGCGCGACUCUCGGCCCGAACGAACGGUCCUCGACGUGCUCUCGAUUCUCUCGACUCUCUCGUGGUGGAGGCGCCCGCUUGACGUAAACCUCGGCUUUACUGCCGGCCGACCCGAACCGCUCAAAUAAACCCUCGAAACCCGAUCACGCUCCGACCUUUAUGGGGCUUAUUUAUUUACUUCCAACUUUCGACAGUUUUUCGACAUUUAUUCGACACUUUCCGGAUUUUUUUCCCGUACUCGCCUCGACCGCGCGAUUCCAGGGGAACCGAGCAAAGUGCCUUUGGAGAGCCUCGUCGAGCGACCCGAGUUUGGUCGAGCCUGACAUAUUAUCCAUACGCGAGUAAAUAAAUAUAUAAAUAAAUGAAUAAACUUGCAUACACGUAGUUAAUAAUAGGAAUAUGUAUAAUGCGCGCAGAUUCGAGCUUUUGUACUUAUGUAUUUAUUUACCGAAGGCGCUCGGCGUUCCUGCCGAUGAUCCAUGAAUAUUAAUGUUACAGUAUCGCCGAGUCGUAACUCCGAAAAUUCUAGGAAUACAGAGAAUGAAAAUUCCACGGAAAACGAUGCGUUGGAUGCGCCCAGUCGUCCCUUCCUUCCGAGACUUCCUAGCGACGCGGUUUUCCGUGGAUAACGUUUCCCGGACGUCGGAGUCGAGAGGCAAAGGAUUGGGUGACCGCGGUCCGACGGGCGGGAUCGACGUUUACGGUGGAUCCAGAGGGUUUUCUCCUUAAAUAACGCGAGCGGGGAAGCGGGGCAAGGGCCUUAUCGUCCAUCCCCCAGGAGGAACGUGGGAAUCUCCCGCGGUUUCUUCGGACACUUAUCCGCCCACGUGGCGAUCGGAAUUCGCACUUGGACGAAAUAAGGUCGAGGAGCCCUUAGAGGAAGGGACCGGAGAAACGGUCGAACCGAGGGACCUCGGGCCGAAUAAAUUAGUAGAGAACAUCCUCGGCCUUAUCUCGCGUUCGGUAGCUCUUACUUCGCUUCGGAGAAUUCCUUUCUAAUCGGGAUCAAUCGGUCGCGAGGGAAGAGUUAUCGCGUGAGAGCGUUCGGUACCGCGAGACCUCUCGUCUCCUUUCCUGGAAACGCCCAACUUAAUUUUCCAUUAAAUCGAGUAACGCCGAGCUCUCGCAGGAGAGGAGGAAAAUACUAGGAGAGAUCGCGAGGGCGCCGCUCGUGUCAAUAUUUGCCGGAGGGGGCGAAUCGAUAAUCUCGAUAAAUUUCGACAGUCCGGCCAUUCAGAAGAAUAAAGAGCCCUAAACUACAGCUGUUGAAAACCCGCCGACUUUAUCGCGGCCGAGAUCCCUUUUACUGUCCAUUCAUCGGAAUCUCGACGAGUCCUCUUUGUGAAUUUUCGGAUUUCCAGGUGAAAGUCGCCGUCCGCUCCGCGAUAAGGUGCACCCGACCCGACCCGACCCGACCCGACCCGACCCGACCCGACCCGGUCCGCGGGAAAGGGAAAGGGAAAGGGCCGCGCGAGGGUUCUCGGAAAGGUCUCUUCUCGAUGGUCGUUUUGGUCUUGCCUCGGUCUCGGGCGCGAUGGCAGAUACGUCCUCGGCGCGGCUCCUCGAGGGUUACGCGAGGGUUACGCGAGGAGAGGAAAUCCCCUUAAGGUGGGUUCGAGGGCGAGGGGAACGGGGUAGGCGGAGAGACGCUUGAGAAGUCGCAGGCCCCGAGAAAAGUCCCGACUUAUCGUUUCGGGAGAAAUUCGGUCGGGCUUAAAGGCGCGCCUCUCGCGCGAGAGGUUUUUGCCGGCAGACGGUCGGCACACGUGGGGCCCCUGGCGAUUUUCUCGAGCGAUAAUUCCCCUAGGCCGCCCUUGCGCCCCGGGCCCUCCGCGAGGGCGAUGGUGCGCACAUCCGCGGCCACCGCUUCUCGGUACUCCCCGGGAUUUUACGAGCGCUCCCGAAAUUGAAAACUGCCCGAUUUUCCCUCGCCUCUCGACCUCUCGGCUUCGACCUCUCGGCUCCUCUCCUCCUCGAGAGGCGGCUCCGGCGAUUAAGCAUCUAGAGCGCGAACGAGCGAUGACUUUUUUGCCGGCGUUUCCGGUAGCGAUUUAUCAUACGGGAAAGAUCCUAUCGAGGACGUAACGGCGCGCGGUAAGAAACAUCUUCGACGCGAGGUUCCUCCUCGGGGCCGGUCGCUUCCCCGGUCGCUUCCCCGGUCGCUUCCCCUGCCUCCCCCGAGACGAGGUAAACGGGGUCCGGACCGGCACGAGGCCUACGCAUCGCGCCCUGUAUCGAGUGUCAAACGGACCGAAAGCAAGAAAAGGCGAGCGCUCGCCGAGGAAACCCUAGACGAGGCAACGUCACGCCGACGGCUCCCACGCGGCGGAGCCUCGUCAAGAUCCCCUGGCAAAUUGGGAACCCCGGUGAUAUACGAUUUUGGUUUCCGGUUACGCCGAUCGGGCACUGCGCGGGCAGGGUCGACGCGUUAACGGCGUGUCAGAAAUUUAUUGGGGACCCGUCGUAUUUUGACAGGCCGACCGCGGAACUUAUGGCUGAAUCAAAUUCUAAGGGAAAGCCCUCCUCUCCCCCUCGGCCCGGGACCCUUCGUUCCUUCCUUUCCGUCGAAACGCGACUCCGAUACUAGACCAAACAAGCCCUUUCGCCCCUUUCGCCCCUUUCGUCGCUUUCCCAUUUUCCGUCGAGCGGCCGGAGCGGCCGGAGCGGCCGCAGCGGCCGCAGCGGCCGCAGCGCGCGGGCGCGAUCGCGGUUAGGACAAUUUAUUUAUGGCGGGAUGUUUUGCCCUUGGCUGCAUAAAACGUCCGGAGCGCGUGCUACGCCGAGGAUCUCGAACAGAGGCCCCUUUGUGAGGCUAUUUAUUUAUCCGUCAACAAUUAUCCCGACGCGCGGCCGCGGGGGAAACGCUCGAAAAAGUCGCAAGAUGCCUCCUCCCUCGAGGAGAAGACGAGGAACCUUUCCGGGUGGCGAUCCCAAUUUCUAUCACCUGCAGGCGGUCCAGCGAUGCGUGGAAAACAAAAUCAGCUUUCACAAUGAUCUCAGAAGCAAAUUCAUCUGUCAAACCAUUGUGAAAACCAGUUUCGUCUACGGAGAAGCCCCCCGCGCGGGGAACGCUCCUUUUCUCUCUUCUUUCUGAAACAGC